AUGGCCAAAUCUGCUGCUACCUCUUCUUAUACACCCCCUCCACCUGGUUCCAAAAUUAUUAUUGUUGGUGCCGGUGCUUUUGGAUUAUCCACUGCCUAUGCCUUAUCGUUAAAGAACAAGUAUGAUAUCUGGGUGUUUGAUCGCGACACGGUCCCUGUCCCUGAUGCAGCAUCCACUGGCUUACCAAUAUGGGAGCAAUGGAACAAGGAACGCGCGGCUAAAGGGUUAUCACCAGUGUACCACAAGACAGGUGUCAUCUUUUUCUCAAAGAACGGGCAGUUUUCUGAAUAUGAAAAGCAAAGCAUGCAAAACAUUAAAGAAGCAGGGUAUGGUCAUGUGAUUGAGCAGCUUUCUCCAGAAAGCAUUGUGGAACGGUUUCCUCACUUCAAAGCCGCGGUCGAAAAUGGGUACAAUGUUGCGUAUUUUAACAAAGAAGGAGGUUGGUGCAAUUCAAGCGAAGCAAUCAAGCAUGUGUACGAGAAAUGCCGAGCCAAUGGUGUGCGAUUUGUCCUAGGCGCUGAAAUAGGAUGUUUCGAACAGCUCUACCAAGAAUCAACUAGCAACAACAAAAAAAAGGUGCUUGGCAUUAAAACUAAAAACAAGAAAAUUCACCGUGCCGAUCGCGUCAUCAUGGCAACCGGUUCUUGGACGGCCAGCUUGAUCGACCUUGGCAACAAACUUGUCGCAACAGGACAGAUUGUUAUGCACUUUAAGCCGCCACCUGCAUCCAUUUUCCACCAAAUCAAGAACCAGCCGGCAUGGUCCGCUGAUUCAUCGAAAACUGGCUUUUAUGGUUUCCCUAUCAACGCGGACGGUAAACUUAAAUUGGCUUGCCACUCUAUCGGAUACCUUAACCCACGCAAGAGCGACACUGUCUCUGUACCGAGAACACAAUCAACAAACGUUGGCGAUACGAUCCCUGUCAAAGCUCUUACAGAGUUCCGUAAUUUCUUGUCAGACUUUUUCCCAAUGACGUCGGCUAUGGAUGUACAUUAUACUCGUGUAUGCUGGUACUCGGAUUCAAUGGACAGUAAUUUUCUGAUCGCGCCCCACCCUGAUAAGGAGAAUCUGAUUAUCGUCUCUGGAGAUUCCGGUCAUGGCAUGAAAUUCCUUCCUGUCAUCGGCUUGAAAGUUGCUCAGAUCGUUGAGGGUAUUGAAACCGACUACAGCCGUUCUUGGGGAUGGAGAGAUGCUGUAGACAAUUCUGCAUCAUUUGACGCUAUGCGAGCCGGCAAAUCUACAGACAUCGUCCCGUUACUGUUGUGCGAUCCGGAUAUAGAAGAAACUAAAAUGUGCACUUUGGAGGAUUACAAGGCUAUCGUUCCAAAGCUAUAG